AUGCGUGAAGUUAUCUCAGUCCACGUCGGCCAGGCUGGUGUCCAGAUUGGCAAUGCCUGCUGGGAGUUGUAUACCCUUGAACACAACUUGACUCCUGAGGGUCGUUUCACUGAGGGUGCACCCAGGAAGGCUGGUGACAGUGGACUGUCGACUUUCUUCUCCGAGACUGGCUCCGGGAAGCACGUCCCUCGCUCCCUUUACGUCGAUCUCGAACCUGGUGUCAUCGAGGAUGUGAAGUCGGGACCGUACCGGUCUCUGUUCCAUCCUGAGAGCAUGAUCACUGGCAAGGAGGACGCUGCCAACAACUAUGCUCGCGGUCACUACACCGUCGGAAAAGAGCUUAUUGACCCCGUUAUGGACCGCGUUCGCCGGCUCGCAGACAACUGCAGCGGUCUCCAGGGCUUCUUUGUUUUCCACUCGUUUGGUGGUGGAACUGGCUCUGGGUUCGGCGCCCUUCUCCUGGAACGCCUGUCGGCGGACUAUGGCAAAAAGUCUAAGCUCGAGUUCUGCGUGUACCCUGCUCCCCAGCUGUCGAGCUCCGUUGUUGAGCCGUACAAUUCCGUCCUCACCACCCACACCACCCUUGAGCACUCGGACUGUUCGUUCAUGGUCGACAACGAGGCUAUCUACGACAUCUGCAAGACGCGCCUCGGUGUUUCACAGCCUAGCUUCACUAACCUGAACAGACUGAUUGCUCAAGUCGUCUCCUCGAUCACCGCCUCUCUGCGUUUCGAGGGUUCGUUGAACGUGGACUUGAACGAGUUCCAGACUAACUUGGUCCCCUUCCCCCGGAUCCACUUCCCCCUCGCCACCUACGCGCCAUUACUCUCAGCCGAGAAAGCUACGCACGAGCAGAACUCGGUCGCGGAGAUGACGACCUCUUGCUUCGAGCAGGGCAACCAGAUGGUCAAGUGUGAUCCCAAGGACGGGAAAUACAUGGCCUGCUGCUUGUUGUACCGUGGUGACGUGGCCACCAAGGAGGUGACCGCUGCCGUUGCCACGAUCAAGACCAGGCGGACCAUCCAGUUCGUCGACUGGUGCCCUACCGGUUUCAAGCUUGGUAUUUGCAAUGAGCCCGCUGCUUACGUUCCUGGUGGUGACCUCGCCAAGACGACACGCAACGUGUGCAUGUUGUCGAACACCACUGCCAUCGCUGCCGCGUGGAGUCGGUUAGACCAUAAGUUCGAUCUGAUGUACUCGAAGCGUGCGUUUGUGCACUGGUACGUAGGUGAGGGUAUGGAGGAAGGUGAAUUCUCUGAGGCCCGUGAGGAUCUUGCCACCCUCGAGAAGGACUAUGAGGAAGUCGGCCAGGACUCUGCUGAUGCCGAGGAGGAGGUUGAGUAUUAA